AUGCCUUCGGAGAAAAAGAAGUGCGCCUUGCCUCUGCCUGAAGGUUUAGAUUUCACCACUCGACCAAAAGAUACUUUGGUUGAAGAUUUAAGAUACGCGCUUGAACAUGCAAAAGAGUUAUAUGCUGAUAUAGCAUGGGAAUUCACUUUGGCGCCCAGUCCGACUAUCAUCUAUGCACACAAAGCCAUUUUAUAUGCUCGAAGUUCACGAUCAUUUCAAGAACGUUUCUUGAAAAAUAAGGAUGCGAAUGGAAUGUCUAUACGGUCCAUGCGGUUAUCCAAUACGGACCCGGUUACAGUGAAGACUGAUGCGGAUCCAUUCUUAUUUAGACAAGAAUUAAAAUUUUUUUAUACUGCUGAAGAAGGCAGUGAAGAUUUUUUACAAGCCGUCGAUACUACAGAUGAACUCGAACAAGACAAGCUAAAAGAUGAUUUAUUAUACAUGCUUAAAUCAAAAUUAUAUACAGAUGUCGAGUUGAUAUUAGAAUUUAUGGAGGAUGAUCUUGAAAUUAUUGAUGAGGACGAAGAUGAGGGAGUUUUCAAACCCAUAGUAAUUAGAGCCCAUCGUUUUAUGUUGUCAUCAAGGUCUGAAUAUUUCAAAAAAAUGCUUAGCUCUGAUUUCAUUGAAGCACGUAAUUCCUCCAUCAGACUUGAUGCGUCAAUUUUUAAUCCAACUUCAAUCAACUUGAUUCUUACUUUCAUUUAUACUGGUAAUCUUUCAUCUUCUUCAAAACCUUUAACCUUAGAAACUUGCGAAUGGGUGUGGAUUGGUGCGGACUUUUUAAAUAUAAAAAUCCUUUGUGAAGAAUGUAUUUAUCGUAUUGCAACGAAAGUGCAUUUUUUUAAAUGUACUUGUGGUGAAUGUCAAAUUGUUAUGCCUAGGGUGGCGGCAUUUGCUAAAGAGCACGAUGUCGAGAAAUUAUGGAAAGGAUGUCUACAUGCUUUAUCUCAAGGAUUCGACAGCAUGUGGCCUAAUAAAGAGUUUGCAAAUCUUGAUGAGGAUACUAGAGAAGAAAUUCUCAUGAUAUUACUUGCAAAUAUUCAAAGAAAUAAUGUCAUUACCACUUUCAAAGGAUGUCGAAAUAUUAUUUCUGUAAUUGACAUAAAAGGGAUAGGUCUGCCUUGGAUAGAGACUGUUCGUCGUAUGACUAAUGAGGUUAGAUCAUAUGCGGCUAAGAUUUUGGUUGAUAAUUUCGAGCAAAUUUGUGAAGAAGAUCAAGAAUUUUUAAAUUGUGUGGAUGGUGUUGGAUUUAGUUCAGAUAUUUUAGAGGACAUUAUGAAUAUAAUAGUUGAAGAAAGUUUGACGGAACAAAAUUCUGCACGCAUCCUCAAAUGUAUUACUGGAAAAUUAUUAACUAGACCUGCUGUUUUGAGUGCGGAGAACGUAGAAGCAAAAAGAUUGCUUACACAGUCAAAACAGAAUGUCUUUAAUUAUAUGAAAAAACGAUGGUUAGGAGUGAAACAGUAUGGUGGUUUCAGGCUACUAAGUCCGUGGUUAUUGGACGAAUUUGUGAAAGAACUAAAUGUAGAUCGAAGCGAGUUACAGGCACUCGUUGAUUCGACCCCAGUUCUGACUCAAGUUCAAACUCCAAAACCAAAAACUAGAACACCUAGCAAUGUUACAAGUCAAAACACAAAAUCGAUUCCAGAAAUUGUGAUCCCUAAUGAUGUCAAAUCUUCCGCUGAAUCAUCAACAACUAGUAAUGAGACAGAAAAAACCACGCGAACUACUUCUACUAAAAGGGUAAAAAAUGUACGCAUUGUUGGUGAUACACCUAUGUGGGAUCGACCAACUCGUGCUAGCGUUUUACGUCAAAAGGCAUUAGCAGAAUCUUCAGCAAAAAAUCCUGUAAAGCCGCGGAUAAAAAGUACGUCAACACCGCCGAAGCCUUCGUCAGCAAACUCAACCGCGAAAACGACUAAAACAACAACAUCUACCACUACAAAUAAAACUGAUCGUACCCUACGAAAUUCAUCGUCAUCGUCUAGUCUUCGAGUUCCCAAGACGUCUCCUGCUACACCAAGAGGACGGUCUACUACCAAACAAGCUACAUCUGCUACCUCGUCACGUACAAGUUCAAUUUCUUCUGCAAAGUCAGUUAAUUCACCAUCCGUAUCACCAUCACGAUUUAACGGUGUACGACAAACUCGUUCUAGCAUGUUACGACAACUCAAAUAUGACGAUGCUCAACAGCGACGAGGUCGCGAGCGAGAACGAGAUGUUACACCAAAAUCUUCUAGAGCCAGUUCUAUUGCAUCAACUUCGUCAGUCACAACGACCUCCUCUUCUCAUCACAAAAGGAACCGCUCUCCGUCCAUAAUUUCAACCACAUCUAGUUCAAAUGGUGUCAUUACCAGCUUGCAACCUAAGCCACAUCAACUUAAAUUGGCUACUAAUCCUUCUGCAGACAUUUCUGUAGGAAGACGUAUAAUACUUCCAACAAAGAACAAUGCUCCAGGCUGUAUACAAUUCCUAGGUGAAACCGAUUUUGCUAAAGGAAUCUGGGUGGGUGUAGAAUUAGAUAAUCCUGUUGGUAAAAAUAAUGGUAUUGUAGCUAGCAGAAAGUAUUUCUCGGCUGCACCUAAUCACG